AUGAUUGAAUUAUGCGAUUUAUCAGCGGACGAUGAAACAUGUGAUGUUGUCACAUCAUCAAAUACUAUUGAUUCAACGUUAGAUAAAAUUGGUUCAUCUCCAAACACUUGUCGUUCUCCUGGCCAAAAUUCAACAGAUUCAAUUAUAUAUAACAUAUCGAAUAUCAAGAGAUUUUUAAAAGAACAACCGGACAAAUAUGUACUUGUGGGAAAUCACAAAGUGAAUCCUACAAAACCAGCUGACUGUUGGAAUCGAUUUUCUCUCCUUGCAGUGAAAGAUGAAACUGGUGGUAAUACUGUCAUCAAAAACUUCGCAACGUUUCGAUCUCGUUACACCACUUAUCCAUUCAAUAUUGGAUCGACUAAAUCAUUAAAUUCGCACAUAUGUGCACCAUCGACGUCAUCAUCUCCAUCGUUUAGCAUCAGAACACAAUGGAAAUCGAAGGCCAGCCAACUCUGUGGUGGAAAAAAGAUGUAA